AUGACGUCAUUCCAAACUUUUGUUCCGAAAGCUAACUUUUACUUAAACAGGAGAGUCUGUUUGUCUGACAUAGCACUGCUAAGUGUGCAGACGUACAGACAUAGUCAAAAUUCUGUCGGCAAUGCAAAAUGUUUCAAGAGACAUUUGAACAGUCAGCAGAAAAAUGAGUGCCGCUGUGACCAGCCUCUAGCGCAAACAACAUUCAACAACAAAUCAAUUAGUGAAGCGCUCCUUUCAUGUUCUUUCAUUUGUUCAAAAAGUAAUGACUGUCAAGCUUUCAACUUCCAAGAAAAUUCCAAAACUUGUCAAAUUUUUUGCGCCUUUUCAGAUGUUUUCAAUCGAACGCUGACCGUUUUCAUUGAUUUCGAACUUGAAGCUCUCUACCUUGACGGUGUUUCACAAGUCAUUCCACCAGGCAGUUAUGGCUAUUCCACAACUGUUCGUUCUGACGUGAAAAUCAUCGCCAUUCAAGCCAUCAACCUAUCCGGCGAAAAAUACAUUGAGGCUUACACACGAGAUGGUUACAUCCUGACGAACACAACAUGGAAAUGUUCAGGCACCCUACCAACACGAGAUGCUAACAACAACAGUUGGUAUGAUCUGAACUACGAUGAUGCCAGUUGGAUGCUGGCCAUUGAUCAGUAUCAAGGAUCCACGAACAUUUACGGAGCAACUUACAUCUGGUCCAGUGAUCUCUUCGAUGCUUAUUGCCGAAGAAAACUCUGUGGGUGA